CCAAAUAUACGAUAGUAUAGUAGUCUAGGCCUACUACACCAAACAGUUAUAAAGUAGGCUAUUAGUAUUAGGCUGUUAGGAUUAGGACAGCAUGUUAUGGACAGUACGCCUAGACUAUAAUACAGCAAUGCAAUUCAUAACCAAAGAUGUAGGCCUUGAAUAUUUAAUCUGUUUUGUAGCAGGCAGGCUUGGGCCAUUUUCCCGUUGCUCAGGUCGUUAACCUACUUCAAAUAUUGUUAUUGACCUGGGGCUGCAAUUCUGCAUUUGAAAAUGAAUAAAUAAAGCAUUUGCCUAUGUAAGUAGGCAAGGCCUACUUUGUCUAUUAGCCUAAACACAAUAUUUGUUUUGCAUAGUAGUUUUUGUAACUUAAGCCUUGGGGGUGGCUUGUUGCAUUUCGGAUAGGCUAUAUGAUUAAUGUCCAAACUGCGGCCUGUUCCACUUAGACUCCGACACAGGGGAAAUGCCUGACAACUGUCAUUCAAAAGGACCACAUAGGCUAAAUUCUGGAUCUAGUGAAUGAAUUUUCUGGAACGCUGCCUGAUAUAGGCUACUGCGCAAGCCGUCGCCACAGCGGGAUGAAUAUAUUUUCCAGUGGGACGGCCGCGCUCUCACCGGUUCAGUCCACUAUGGAACGUAAAAGGGAUGACUGGCAAAGGACCGAAGGAGAAAGAAAACAUCACAAGUCUCAGCAUGACGGAUGACAGAAGUGCGAUGUUAUAUAUUCUGGAGGAGCCCCGGAUGCGCGCAGAGGAGGAAAGACUUCGAACUUUCCAAAACUGGCCCGUUGACGCACCAGUUACCUCUGGUGACCUUGCUAAAGAGGGAUUUUUUUUCUCAGGAUCCGGUGAUAAGGUUCAAUGUUUCUGCUGUGGUGGCAUUCUAAGGUAUUGGGUUCAUGGGGACAGUCCACUUGUUGAGCACAAGAGGCACUUUCCAACCUGUAGUUUUGUUUUGGGGAGAGCCGUGGGUAAUAUUCCAUUAUACGUUGCGCCUGGGUCCUCUGACUCGGUUGACGGUCAGUUGUUGAGCCAGCUUCAAAGGAUGACCGUGGAUGACCAAGGAGCGGCUGGACAGGCAGUGUACCCUGAGAUGGAGGGUGAAGAUUCCCGAAUGACCACCUAUCAUAACUGGCCCACAGGCGCCUCGGUCCAACCAGAUGUUCUUGCACGGGCAGGGUUUUUCUAUACAGGUCAUGGUGACAAUGUCAAAUGCUUCUACUGUGAUGGAGGGUUGAGGAACUGGGAAUCAGGGGACGACCCCUGGCAGGAACAUGCCAAGUGGUUCCCACGAUGUGAGUUUCUGAUACAGACGAGAGGGCGGGAGUAUGUCAGUAACAUUCAGGACACCCACUUCCACAUUGGUGAAACCGUGGGUGGAUCUCAAAUGCCCAUAGCCAGAGAGAUCAACUCAGGAAACGAUGUGGGAGGCCUGGGAGCUUCGUCGGCCAUGCUGUCACCUGUCGUUCAGACGGUCUUGGGGAUGGGCUUUGAGGCCAGGUUGGUGGAGAGCCUGGUCCAGACCAAGUACUUACUGACUGGGCAGCACUACAUCUCUGUGUCUGAGCUGGUGACUGAUGUCCUGCAGGCAGAGGACGACGACAGGCAGAGAGGACCACAGAGCACAGAGCCAGAGGUCAGACAGGGACCCAGCACAGGAGGGGUGAGGACACAGACACUGGUCAGGGAGAAAGCAUUGAGGGAGCCCAGUCCAGAGGAGCUGCUGCGUCAGCUGCAGGAGGAGCGCACCUGUAAGGUGUGUAUGGACAAGCUGGUGUCCAUCGUCUUCAUCCCCUGUGGACACCUGGUGGUGUGUAGCGACUGUGCCACCAGCCUGCGCCACUGCCCAAUCUGCAGAGCUGUCAUCAGGGGCAGCGUUCGGGCUUUCAUGUCCUGAGACAUACUACUCGCCACAGUACCAACAAUUAGCACCUUUCAGAUUACUUUCAACGGGAGAAGACAACGGCACCCCUUCUGAACAGUCAUCUGUGAGCUUAUUAAAAGAAUCAUCUGAGGAUACUAGUUACCUUGCAUUUCCAUCUAACCUAAGCCACUCUGCUGUUGAGCUUCCUAUUCACACCACCAACAAUAUUCUGUUAAGAUGUCUGUUUGAUUUCAAGUGAUAUGAAGAAUAAACAUAUGUGCAGUG